AUGGCGACCGCUCGGAUUUCGCCCACGGCGAAUCUUCUACGGAAGUCCCGUUUGUUUGCACUUCCACAAGCCUUGAAAACCACACAAGACCCGCCAUCCUCGAGGUCCGUAUUCGAGUCGAACACCGCAACACUCCCUCACCCCAUCCGAGCCGCCAUCGUCACGCCGCCCAAAUCACUCGCUCGGGGCGAUUGGGGUCUGAAGCGUCCACUUCCGGCCAAGGCCACUUCCGACAAGUCCGCUAGACCAGUUGUUCGAAUCCAGGCUCUCGAUACCUACGAACAUGUCACCGACUUUGAAUCCGCGGCCGAUCACACCAUGACCCUGGAGAAGUUCCAAGAAUUGCACAUGCCAAUGUCUCUUCCCUCCAAGGUCAAUUAUGCGACCAGCAUUGUUCCCCGUCACCAGAGCCCGUUCGAGACACAUGUCGACAAUACAGAGACUAGUAAGGGGCGUGAGGUACCUGGUUCCAAACAAUUCAGACACGCUGGGCCUUGGUUGGUUGGACAGACUGAGGCUGAGUUCCAAGCCUAUCUUAAACAAGUGCGGAGACAGAAGCCCGACUUGCUGCAGAAAUUGCGCGAGCGAUUGGAGGCCAAGCUCUUUGCGGAGGCCCGGAAACAAGCUCAGGACAACGGAGGUGAUUUGGAGGGCCUUGCACCCGUCAAGGUCACCGACGAGGAGUUCCAGGCACACGUCAAGUCUUUGCGUGAGGAUCCAUUUGCCCUCGGCCCCGCCGUCUUUGAAUUGCUUGAUCUUCCGUCGCCCCCUGCUGUCCCCAGCGAGCGAAUUGGACAGAAAUACUACCAGUCCCCCGGAACCCAGCUGUCUGCCGCCGAAUACGCCGUCAGCGGUCCCCCCAUGACACACCCCUCCGCCGGUCUCUCAUACACCCGAUCCCAUGCUCUCACAUACAAUCACCCUCAACACGGCCCGCAAGCCUACCAGCGUCCGGUCCAGGCCCGUAUCUUGCGACCCAAGGGUCGUUUCAAGGGCCAGUCGUCCAAGGCUAUUGCUGGUGUUGGUGGUAUUGCCGUGGAAGAUUUGAACGCCAUGACAUUCGUUGACCAAGGAACUCCAUCUGGUUUGACUUCCUUCGACUCCACCAUCCCGGGAGGUGCUAAAUACUAUGUUACUCCGAUCCGAGCCUCUGUCGACUCCAAGGGCCGCAUCGGCCUGUACUCCUACCGCGCAAGUGCCACUGCAAAGGCACCAUACGGAAUUGAAGACUUGCAGAAGGAGAGUGCCACCAGCAUUUCAUCAGCUGCCCGCCGCGAUGCUCGCUUUGUCCCACGAUUGGACAGAGAUCUCAACCAGGCGCGUUUCAGACCCUCGCGCGAUUAUAAGCAACGGAAGCCCAAGCAAGCCACUGAGGAUGUUGCCCGCAGCCUCAUGCAGAACUUGAGCUCAAAGCAAUAA